UUGAUUGAACUUAUACUACAACAAGCAACAUGCCGCCAAAAACGAGUGGAAAGGCCGCCAAGAAGUCCGGCAAAGCGCAGAAGAACAUCUCGAAGUCUGACAAGAAAAAGAAGAAGCACAAGAGGAAGGAGAGCUACGCCAUUUACAUUUACAAGGUGCUCAAGCAGGUCCACCCCGACACCGGUAUCUCCUCGAAGGCCAUGUCCAUCAUGAACUCGUUCGUGAACGACAUUUUCGAGCGCAUCGCCGCGGAGGCGUCCCGGCUCGCUCACUACAACAAGCGGUCGACCAUCACGUCGCGAGAGGUGCAAACCUCCGUGCGGCUGCUGCUGCCCGGCGAGCUCGCCAAGCACGCGGUCAGCGAGGGCACCAAGGCGGUCACCAAGUACACGAGCUCCAAGUGAGCGGCCGUCCGCCGUCGGGACAACGGCGUGGCGUGUUCGACUUAUCGAACGCCCGCUCGCUCGCGUUUUGUGUUUAUUAUUAUUAUAAAUACUAUCAAAACAACAACGGCCCUUUUCAG